AUGUGUGGCCAAGACUGCCAAACGUCCCUCUGGGGGGGGACCGGGAUCUCCACGGUUGGUGCGGAUGGUGGUUGUAGGUGUGCCUGCGGAGACGAAACAUGGUCAGAGUACAACAUUCUUGGGCUGCCAUCCUGUGUUCCGUCGAAGGCACACGCGGUCUUCGGCGCAGUUGGAGUGUUCGUGACGAUGACAAGCCUGGGCCAUGCAGCAUAUCAGCUCUAUCGCCAGGUCAAAUAUCACAGACAGUUCAUGGCGGCAUCCACUUCCUCGGUGGAGAAAUGUCGUCGAUGGCUUCAUAUCGUCGUGAUUAUCCACGCCGUUAUCGGCCUAUGCUAUUUUGGAAUGGUGUUGUUGCUGGACAGCGAACGACUGUGGAUGUCGACCAUCUUCAUGUUCGGCAUAGGCCAAAUCAUGAUGACCAUCGGUGGUAUUUUGACCGUGCGCAUGUGGCUUUACUGUUUGACAUCGGACGAGCAGCGCUCCCCUUUACAGCUGAAUCGUUUCCCAUACGUUUCCCCUCUUCGCAACCACAUACUCUUUCUUGCUAGCAACGAUCCCCGGCUGAUUCGAGAGACACCGGAACUACUGAUGAUAUCGGAAGCGCUAGAACGGCCGACGGGGUUGUUUGUGUCCAAUACCGUGAUGUGUGUAGGCCCUGCGGUUGCAACCGUCCUAGCAGCGGCUAAGAGUUUGCAAGCGGCCUGCAUGGUCUCCGCGGUAGCGUUUCUGGGUCUGAUCGUAUUCUGCGACUUCAUCAUCUUGAAGACCGCUACUGCCCUUUUGCAAACAGUGAACAAGUAUUUGCGGAACAGCGUGGUGCGUUCCGAGAAGAGUAACAGCAUAAUGGCAGGAACGGUAGGAUCGCUACAGCUCUUGAAGGCAGCGAGGAAGAAUAUCAAGUUUGCGUUGUAUUUUUGCGUCGUUGUGUCCCUGUUGACCUUUUCAAUUGUCAUGAUCGGCCUUUUCACGACCUAUGGAGCGACAGCACCGUUGAUCUUUUCCGGCAUUCCGUAUGGAUGCUCACCGCCCGUAUGGUUCGUUUUCAACAUCCAGCUGCACGCUGGGAGGAGCAGGAAUCGUACCGAACCCGAUGUCGUUUCACGCGCUAGCAGCGUAAUUCGGCAAGUGCCCAGUGUCGCAACUAGAAUCGUGUCUAGGGCCAAAGGAGUUGUGUUUGGUAAUGAGCGGUCUGUCGUUCCGACUUUGACCCCCACGCCCUAG